AUGCGCGAUAAAUCGGAACUGAACUAUGCUGUCUUCACGAACUGCUUGCACGUCCCUCCUCUGUUUGGCACCUCGAACUCGGUCCAGCCAAGGAUCAGGCUUAAUCAACUCUGGACUCCUACGCCCGCCAGGCCCCCAUUCGCAUCCCGACCUUCAACAUGGAUUGGUGCAUUUGUGGUUGUAGGCGCUGGUCUGGGACUCUAUGCGUUUGCCGGUGGCAAGACCAGCGGCAAUUCGACCCCCAUUGUCAGACUUGAAGUUCACUCCUCUAAAGAUUAUGUCAACCAAACGGCUAGCGAGAACUCUAAAAUCAUUACACUCGCUGUUCCGUCUCACCUGAUGCCAGAUGAAUCCACACUGGGCCAGUGUUCUCGAUAUACAUCAAAGACUCCGAUAUACAAGUCCAACGACCGUAUACACCACUGA